AUGGCAUUGUCCCUUGUGCGCAUGGUGCGCCUUGCCCUGGUUGGUCUGGUGGCAUUCACUUCAACUGUCUCAGCACUACCUGCACCUCCAGUCCCUCGCAGCACGGUCCUGGCUCCUGACGCUGAUCCGUUCUAUCAGCCGCCUGCUGGCUUCGCAUCUGAGGCACCUGGGACAAUCCUGAGCCAACGCGACAUCACUGCCGCGUUCUUCGGUCUCAUCCCAAUUGACGUGGAAGCCUAUCAGCUGCUUUACCGCACGACUGCAGUCAAUGGCUCGGCCAUUGCAACAGUUACGACGGUGUUCAAGCCGAAGGACGCGAAGCUAGAUCGUUUCGUUUCCUUUGCCACGGCCUACGAUAGCUCGGCGACGAAAUGUCAGCCUCGCUAUGCCUACCAGCUUGGUGCGCCACAGGACAGUUUGAUCGCUUCGGUCGAGCUAUUAAUCAUUGAGAUCUAUCUUGCUCUUGGGUACACCGUCGCUUCUCCCGACUAUGAGGGACCGGAGGCUGCAUUUGGACCUGGUCGUCUCGCGGGUAUGGGUGUAUUGGAUGGUAUCCGUGCCGUGGAGAGCUUCAAGACCUUAGGUCUCGACGAUAACCCCAUGGUUGUCGGCAUGGGCUAUUCAGGCGGUGCCAUUGCUACCGGCUGGGCAGCUUCUCUGCAGCCCAAGUACGCGUCAGAGCUGAACAUCAAGGGCUGGGUGCAGGGUGGAACUCCCUCGAACGUCACCGGCACGAUGUAUCAGCUUGACAACACAGCCUUCAGUGGUUUACUGCCCCCAGCUAUUGCUGGUCUCUCAAAGUCAACCGCCUACGGUGCCGAGCUGGCCCCUUUCAUUAGCGAGGUCAUGACGGCCGAUGGCCAAAAGAUACUGGACUCUACUCUUUCCGAAUGCGCCACUACGAAUCUCUUGGCGUUCUUCGAGCGGUCAAUCUUUGAAACUAGCUUCCAAACGAUGGGUGAGGAUUUCAUCUUCGACCCGAUCGUUCAGUCUGUGUUGAAGCAGAACAACAUGGCUGCCAACAAGGACGAGACCCCGACGGCGCCAACCUUUGUGUACCAUGCUACAAAUGACGAGGUCAUCCCUUACGCAGAUGCCGAAAAGAUGGUUAAUUCCUGGUGCGACUGGGGUGCGAACGUCAAGUUUACUACUUAUGCCAGCGGUGGUCAUGCGACUACUGAAAUCAUUGCCAUUCUGGAUGUUAUCAAUUUUGUCAAGGACGCAUUUGCUGGCACGACCAAGAGUGGCUGCACUGAGAAUACUGAGCUUAUCAGUAUCCUCAACCCGAUUGCUCUUGGUGUUCAGCUUGAGCCUAUUCUGGUGAAGCUCGUUGAUGCGCUGUUCAAUCUUGGUGAACAGGACUCAAAGGUCAAGAGCGACCCUGUCGGAGUGCUCAGCACCAAUCUUUAA